UGUUCUUUACCCCAGAAAUUAAGUUGUUGGCUAGUUUAGUAAAAGGCACACAGGUUUUCUCAAAUCCUGGAUUGAGGCCGGUGACAUGAUGCACGCCGAGGAGAGGCUGUUGGAUUUGGUUGGCGCCAUGGAAGAUCUCAAGGCCAUGAGAAAUCGCGUUCUGAGGGAGAUUGAAUUGCAGGAGGAGAAAGGCAAACAACGCACUCAAAAAGUGCAAGCAUGGCUUGACAAGGUUGUGGACAUGGAUCAAUGUACAAAUCAGUUGGUGAUUGAUUUUAGUAGAUGUUGUGUCACCGGAUGUUGCUCCCUAAAUAUUUAUUCAAGAUUAAAUGUCAGCAGAAAAGCAACAAAAUUAAAGAAAGAAAUAGAUGGAUUGAUGAACGAAAAAAAUAAUCUGAGUGUUUUGGCAAAGAAGAGGCCUUCUAAACCAAUCAUAGAUAUGCCAAUCUCAACCACAAAUGUUGGCAUAAUGACUGGGUCCAAUUUGCGUGUCAUCCGUGAUUACCUAGGAGAUAAAACAUUUGGGAUAAUUGGGAUUUAUGGUAUGGGUGGGAUUGGCAAAACCACUCUCCUGAAAGAAAUCGAAAGGUCCAUAUAUGAUUGGAAUAUGGGCUUCGAUUAUGUCAUUCAUGCUAAAGCUUCAUAUGAACUUCAUGUUGAAGAUCUUCGUGACUGUAUAGCUGAACAGUUGUCAUUGUGCGGGCCCAGCAGAGAAACUAUUUUCAAGUUUUUAAAAUAUAAAAACUUCUUAUUGUUGCUAGAUGAUUUAUGGGAGGAAUUGGACAUCACAGUUCUUGGAAUUCCUGAUCCACAUGAUGAGAGUUAUGUAACAACUCUAUACAAGCACACAGUAGUUUUUACCACUCGAUCAAAUAAAGUAUGUGAUUGCAUGAAAGCUAACAAAAAGAUUAAAUUGGAAUGCUUAGACAAAGAUGAAGGGUGGCAGCUUUUCAAAGAAAAUUUAGCAAUGGAUUUGGAAGGUAAGCCUUUUAUAGAGGAAGCAGCAAGGGAGGUGGCCAAUUUAUGUGGUGGCUUGCCACUAGCUCUUGUAAUGGUUGGGCAGGCUAUGUCAAACAAGACAUCAACAACAGAGUGGAAUUUCAUCCUCGAUCAACUGUGGAGUGGGCUUUGCUCAAGUUUAUGUGAAUCAAUGUUUUUAUAUUUGAGAAGCAGCUAUGAUAGUCUAGCAAAUAAAAUUCUUCAACAGUGUUUCUUAUGUUUUUGUUUGUGGCCUAAAAAAAAGCUCAUCUCAACUGAAGAUCUAAUCAAAUGCUGGUUAGAGUUUGGACUGAUCUCUUGUUUUGAUUCUUUAUCUGAAGCUUACAUGCAUGGAUGUUAUAUCCUUGAAAUCCUGGAGGAAGCAAGUUUGGUAGUAACUCAUGAUAAUAAAAGGGUAGCUAAGGUACAUGAAGUAAUACAUGAAAUGGCUCAAUGGAUAGCCUCAAGAGCUGGGGGUGGUAGCCACAAGCCAUGGUUUGUUAGACAAAACAUUACCUCAGAACAAUUGUCAUCGGAGGAGGUGGAGGCAUGGUUUCAGCUGGAACGGGUGUCAAUAGUUAACUGUAAUCUAAAUUGUUUGCCCGAGUUGCAGUUUGAGUGCCCAAGUCUCUUGAGUUUGAACAUUCAACAUAAUCGGGGGUUGAAAAAUCUACCAAAAAUCUUUUUCCAGCAAAUGUCAAAUCUCGCAUACUUGAAUCUAUCUUUUACAGGAAUCCACGAGUUUCCAGCCUCGAUCAUGGAUUUGUGUAAUCUUGAGUUUCUCGAUAUAUCAUGCACAAGAAUCAAUUCACUUCCAAACAAGCUAGGAAAUUUGAAAAAACUGAAAUAUCUUUUCUGUGGAUAUCUGUUUCUAGGCGAAUUACAAGUUGAGCUCUUGUCAAGUUUGCACAGCCUGCAGGUGCUUGAUGUCUAUCCAUAUGGGUAUGUAGAAUCAAAUGCAUUGUUUAUAUUGAGACAGAGAGGUGUUAAAGGUAUAGGGAUGUGUGUAUCUUCGAAUUAUAUCCUAGAACAACUCUCCAACUUGCCAAUCGUCAACAUUAAUAUUAAAUAUAUCAAUGGCUUGUCGACACUUCACUUCAGUAGUUUAACAAGUGAAGAGCAUGGGGGUCCGAAGGAGCUACAAAUUAGUUUUUCCGUUGCCAUUCAAAACCUUGUGAUUAAUAAUAAAAGUAAAACAAGUCUCAAGCUUCUUAGAUUAUAUCAGCUCCAAAAUUUGCGAAGCUUUGUCUGGACAAUUGAGCCGAAAGAAGUUUUUCCAAUGCUUCAAAUAGUCCAAAUUGAAGCAUGCUUUAGUUUGACAAGUCUUCAUUGGGUCUUUCAUCUCCCGCUACUUCAUGCUUUAUUAUUACAAGAUUGUUAUAAGAUGAAAGAGCUAGUAAAUGAAGAGGAGAGAGAAAUCAAAGAAGAUGAUGUCAUCACUACUUUCCCCAAACUAAAGUAUCUGAAAAUAGUUCGUUUACCAAAACUAGUGGAAAUAAGCAGUUGUGCAAUAGAUUUCCCUCAUCUUUCAAAGGUUCACUUGGAGGACUGUCCAAAUUUGAAGAGGCUUCCAUUCAAACCGGACAUUGUUAGCAACCAAGGCCUAUUGAUUAAAUGUGAAAGGAAAUGGUGGGAGAGAUUAGAGUGGGAUGAUGCCAAUGUUCAUUCUCAAUUCUGCUCAAAUAGCACAGAAGAUGAAGAAAUUGCAGAAUUUUUUGUUGGCAAUGUUCCCACGGAAGAUGAAGAAAUUGCAGAAUUUUUUGUUGGCAAUGUUCCCGCAUUUGGUCAUAAAGACCUUCCAAGGAAAUUUGGGCGUCACGAGGUUUUGCGGGAUUAUGUGCCACUGUGGGGAUCCGUUUCAAUCUGUGGGAGACGGCCGCAAAUGGAAGAUGCGGUGAUGACGGUACCCCGGUUCUUUCACAUUCCGAUUACGAUGCUACCUGCUGACCUUGUUGUGGAUGGCAUCAUCCCUGAUUUGAUAUCUCUGUCUGGUCAUUUCUUUGGAGUUUAUGAUGGGCAUGGUGGAUCUCAGGUUGCUAACUAUUGCCGAGAGCGUCUCCAUCUGGCAUUGGUUGAAGAGUUGACAAUUGUAGGAACAAGCACUGGGGAUGAUUGGCAGAAACAGUGGGAGAAGGCCUUCAUCAAUUGUUUUCUCAAGGUUGAUGAUGAGGUUUGUGGGGAAAUCAGUAGAGGCACCACCGGAAGUACAAGUGAUGCAUUUGAGGAAUUUAGUAUCAGUAUGGGUUUUGAUUCUUUUGGCAUGUCAGAACCUGUUGCCCCAGAGAAUGUGGGAUCUACUGCUCUGGUUGCUGUUAUUUGUUCAUCUCACAUUAUCAUUGCGAAUUGUGGGGACUCUAGGGCAGUCCUCUGUCGUGGGGAACAACCAGUGGCUUUAUCCAACGAUCAUAAACCAAACAGGGAGGACGAGUAUGCUAGAAUUGAAGCUGAGGGAGGUGAGGUUGUUAUUCAUUCUGAUAGAUACUGUGUCUGUGGAGUGCUGCCAGUGUCAAGAUCAAUUGGGGACAGGUACUUGAAACCAUUUAUCAUUCCUGACCCAGAAAUCACGGUUGUUCAAAGAACAAGUGAAGAUGAAUACCUCAUUCUGGCUAGUGAUGGCUUAUGGGAUGUCAUGUCCAAUGAAGAAGUAUGCGAUGCAGCCCGCAGACGGAUUCUGCUCUGGCACAAGAAGAGUGCUGGUACCACUGCCACGCCAUCUCUCAUCCAAAAGGGUGAGGAAGCUGAUUCUGCUGCUCAAGCCGCUGCUGACUAUCUCUCCAAUCUUGCCAUGGAAAAGGGUAGCAUGGAUAAUAUCACGGUCAUCGUAGUGGACUUGAAAGCCGGGAUGAGGAAGCUGGUCAGCAGUUGGACCUAAAAACUGUAUUAUAUGAAACUUCAGCUUAUCUUUUACUUAUCACAAUUAAUAUCGCCCAUUUGUUGUUGUUGUUGUUGUUGUUGUUGUUGUUGUUGGGUUCUUGAGAUUAUCCUUCUUAAUUUGUACAUAUUUUAUUGUUGUUGUUGUUGGGUUCUUGAGAUUAUCCUUCUUAAUUUGCACAUAGGGUUCUUGAGAUUAUCCUUCUUAAUUUGCACAUAGGGUUCUUGAGAUUAUCCUUCUUAAUUUGUACAUAUUUUAUAGUCCUGCAUUCUGCAACUUCAUGUGCAAUUGUUGCCUUGUGUAGAGCUCUCAAAUGUAUCACAAAACAUGCUUGGAUUUCUUUAUCUAUGUACCGGCAAAGAUGCAAUACCAGCACCUCUUUUAUAUCA